AUGUACAUCUCCCUUGAAGACAAGGGCUCCAUUCCAGAAAUUCUCAAAAACUGGAACAAGACACCUGACAUUAUUGUCGUUUCUGACGGUUCUAGAAUUCUCGGUCUUGGAGAUUUGGGUGCCAACGGAAUGGGUAUUCCAAUUGGAAAACUCAAUCUCUACGUUGCUGCAGCUGGAUUCCAUCCAGAGAAGACUCUUCCAAUUUUGAUCGACGUUGGAACUAACAAUGAAGGAUUAUUGGCUGAUGAAUUGUAUUUGGGAUUGAAAAGAAAGAGAGUGAGAGGACCUGAAUUUUAUGAACUCAUGUCUGAAUUUAUGAGUAGUGUGAAAAAGCAAUGGCCUAAUUGUUUGGUGCAAUUUGAAGAUUUUUCAAAUGAUGUUUGUUUUGAUUUAUUGGAUCAAUAUAGAGAUGUGCAAUUGUGUUUCAAUGAUGAUAUUCAAGGAACUGGAGCUGUUAUUGUCGCUGGAUUUUUGAAUGCGGCCAAAAUUACUGGUAAAAGAGCCUAUCAACACAAAUUACUUUUCAUGGGAGCUGGUUCAGCUGCUACUGGAGUUGCCGAUCAAUGUUUGGGUGUUAUGAAAAUUCAAGCAGAACAAGAUGGAACUCCAAAAGAACAAAUUGAAACUGAUUCUGAACAUUGGAUUUAUUUGGUAGAUUCCAAAGGAUUGGUCACUCAAACUCGUUCUGAUUACAAUGACAUGCCACAUCAUAAGAAGAAGUAUGCCAAGAAGGGAGAUGAGACUUUGGGAAAUUUCCAAUCGAAUUCCUUGUUGGAAAUUAUUAAGAAGGUGAAACCUACUGCAAUUAUUGGGUUGUGUGGACAAUCUGGAGUUUUCACAAAGGAAGUCAUUCAAGAAGUUUCCAAAUUGAAUGAAAAGCCAAUCGUAUUCGCUCUAUCAAAUCCAACCAAGAACUCGGAAUGCACUGCAAGAGAAGCUAUUGAAUAUUCUGAUGGAAGAGCAAUCUUUGCCUCUGGAUCUCCAUUUGACGAUGUCGAAUAUAAUGGAAAGAUUUAUCAACUCAGUCAAGGAAAUAACUUGUACAUUUUCCCUGCACUUGGAUUGGGAGCAGUCGUAUCGAAAUCUCGUCAUGUGACUGACCACAUGAUUUUGAAAGCAGCUCAAACCUUGUCCGAUCUCACUGAUGAAGAUCGAUUGCAAAGGGACUCUUGUAUCCAAGUUUGA